UUUUACAGUUUUCUUAUCAUAUUCAUAAUAAAUAUUUUUUUUAUUAACCAAAGACUUUGACGGUAAUACCAAUUCGGAAGUGCAAGCGCAGAGAGAAGAAUGAACAACUCUAUUAUGGCUUUUGUUCUGCUAAUAUUACUUUCGGCGUUACGCUACUCAAGCGCCGAACAAGCUUUCGAUGUUCGCAAACAUCUUUCCACUGUCUCCAGAUAUGGAGUUGUGAAAGACAUCGCUGACACUAACUUCGUGCCUUCUAAAAUCCCCGAGGGAUGUGUUCCGAUCCAUUUGAAUCUCGUGGCGAGGCAUGGAACUCGAUCUCCUACAAAGAAAAGGAUAAAGGAGUUAGAUAAUUUGUCAGAGCGUCUGGAAGUUCUUGUAAGGGAUUCAAAAGAGCGAAAUUUGCCUUUCCAGAGAGUUCCUUCCUGGCUAAAUGGAUGGAAAUCUCCUUGGCAUGGAAGGCGUAAGGGCGGUGAACUAAUUAUCAAAGGAGAGGAAGAAUUAUAUGAUCUUGGAAUCAGAAUUAGAGAAAACUUUCCAAAUUUGUUUGAUGAGGAAUACCAUCCAGACAUAUAUCCUAUUAAGGCAACUCAGGUUCCCCGGGCAUCUGCUAGUGCAGUCGCAUUUGGAAUGGGGCUUUUCAGUGGAAAUGGAAGUCUUGGACCUGGGCAUCACCGAGCCUUUGCUGUUACAAGCGAAAGCCGUGCUAGCGACAUUGUGCUGAGAUUUCAUGAUUGCUGUCAUAAUUACAAGGCUUAUCGGAAAAGCCAGGAAUCUGCAGUUAGUAAACUUAAGGAACCUAUCUUGGAUGAGAUUACAUCUGCAUUAAUUGGGCGCCAUGGGCUGAAUUUUACGAGGCAGGAUACAUCUUCUCUCUGGUUUUUGUGUAAGCAGGAAGCAUCCUUGUUGGAUAUAACUAAUCAAGCGUGUAGUCUUUUCAGCCCUCUUGAGAUUGAAUUGCUGGAGUGGACAGAUGAUUUGGAGGUGUUUAUUUUGAAGGGUUAUGGUAAAUCACUAAACUAUAGAAUGGGACUGCCAUUACUUGAAGAUGUUGUUCAAUCCAUGGAACAGGCUAUCAUGGCUGAAGAAGAAAGACAUGUUCCUGGAAGCUUUGAAAAGGCAAGACUUCGGUUUGCGCACGCUGAAACUGUAGUUCCAUUCUCAUGCCUGCUUGGUUUAUUUCUUGAAGGAUCUGAGUUAAAAAAAAUUCAGAAGGAGCAACCUUUGCAGCACCCUCCGAAGCCUCCACAGAAAAGAAAAUGGCGGGGUAGCACUGUGGCCCCUUUUGCUGGUAACAACAUGUUGAUCUUGUAUAGUUGUCCUGCUCCAGACAAAUCUACCAGCAAGCACUUUGUGCAAGUGUUACACAACGAACACCCUGUUCCAUUGCCAGGUUGUGAUGGCUCCGAUUUCUGUCCAUUUGAAGUAUUCAAGGAAAAAAUAGUUGCACCUCAUCAGAAGCAUGAUUACCAUACAGUCUGUAAUGAAAAGCUAGAGCAGGAGCCCUCGGGCAACAAGGUUUUUCAAAUAUUUCAGUGGCUUUUCUCACCAAGGAAAGGUGAUAAGUACCCUAAAAAUGAACUUUAGUUUGUUUCCUAGGAAAGGAGCCUCAAAUCUUACGCUCUUAAUAAUUCAGACAUGAGCGCUUAUUCCUUCUAGCAGAUAAUCAAUUUUACUUAGAUUGUGCUGCCAGUACAGGAAUGCCUUUGUUAUCUUAAGCUUGAUGCCCGAGUCCUCCUCGUCUGUAGCUUCUAACAUUAAGAGAAAUUGGGGGUGGAAAGUUUAGUUCUAAUUUAUUUAUUUUUCCUUAGUAGCGUUACUCUUAGUACUCGGCUGAUACCUCAGAUAAUGUAGCUUGAUGUGUCAUACUGUGCACACUCUUAGUUUCAUUAACUGUCUCUUGAACUCCAUUUUUGUUCUUUUUGAAUAGUAGAUAAUGGACCAGGUAACCUUUGACUAUA